GCCUGGUACUGACGGAUGGAGGCAGCCCUUGUGCAGGGAGGGUGGAGGCGAGCAAUGGUGUUCGCCUUUUCGUCAUCAUUUGUGGUCGGGCGUACGGUAUGAAUGAGGCUCAAAUGACGUGCAGCUACAUAGGCUGCGGCGACGCUGUUUCUGCAUCAGGAAACUCACAGUUCGGAGUUGGAAAGUGGCCCAUGCUGCAAGCUGCGAUUCACUGCACUGGCAGCGAGGACGAUCCCUGGAAAUGUGAAAGGAAGGCCCUGGCUCACCCCAACUGUUCUGUGGAAACGGAAGCAGCCGGGAUUGUUUGUUCGGGGCAUAGAGAGCUCAGGCUGGUUGGCGGAUCCGACCGAUGUCAUGGAAGACUUGAGAUAGUGCAUGGAGCGGCCUGGGGCACCGUGUGUGAUUGGCAUUGGGAUCUGCAGGAUGCACGGGUGCUGUGCAGAACAUUGAAAUGUGGACAGGUGAUAUCAGUCAUCGGGGGAGCAUAUUUUGGAGAGGGCAGUGGUCCCGUGUGGCAGGAGGCAUACGGAUGCCAAGGCAACGAGGCAUCCCUCUGGAACUGCGCCUCAGCACCACGCCCCCAACACACCUGCACACACGAACGUGAUGUCAGCGUCAUCUGCUCAGGUCAAAAGGGGCCGCGAUUAGUCGGUGGCAAUGACAGCUGUUCGGGAAGAGUGGAGAUACUGAGGGAUGAAAUCUGGGGGACGGUCUGCGACACGUACUGGGAUUUACAGGAUGCGGCCGUCGUCUGCAAUCAUCUACGUUGUGGAGUUGCUUUAUCAGCGCCUGGAGGAGCACUCUUCGGUGAGGGAAAUGGUUCCAUAUGGAAAGAUAUCCACGAAUGUCGCGGCAAUGAGAUGCGUUUGAAUGACUGCCUCGUUUCAUCAUGGGGCCACCGUCCGUGCACACACAAGAACGAUGCCGGCGUCAUCUGUUCCGUUGAACAUUGGCAAUUGCGCCUGGCCGAUGGAGAGGGCGUGUGUGAUGGCAGAGUGGAGGUUUAUUACGGCGGCGUGUGGGGCAGAGUAAUUGACAGUCAGUGGGACUUGAGAGAUGCAGAUGUAGUGUGCAGACAGCUGAACUGCGGCUCCGUAAUAAAUGUUUACAACUACUCCAAACAUGCAACCGGCAGGGGCCCGGUGUUAAUGGACAACGUGACUUGCAAUGGCAGUGAACGCUAUCUCUGGAACUGCACGUUUGCACAACCUAACCACUUAUCAAUGGGCGACGAUGUUGGUGUCUUGUGUUCUGAUCAUCUUCCCACCACGCUGAUUGACGGCGGAAGUCGUUGUGCCGGAAGGGUAGAGGUUUACUACAACGGCACAUGGGGUACGGUGUGCGAUGACGAUUGGGAUUUAACGGACGGCCACGUUGUCUGCAAAGAACUGAACUGUGGGUAUGCUCUGAAUGUCACGGUUUCCGGCUGGUUUGGCCAAGGUUCGGGUCCUAUCUGGAUGGACAAUGUCAACUGUUCAGCGAAUAAUUCGGCCUUGUGGCAAUGUCCGGCGAGAGCAAGGGGAGAAAACGACUGCUUUCACAAAGAAGAUGCUGGGGUUAUCUGUUCGGAUCACAAGGCGAUAAAGUUGGUGAAUGGCGCGAAUACCUGCCAGGGCAGGGUUGAAGUCUUCUUUAACGGGACCUGGGGCACUGUUUGCGCGGAUUUCUUUGGCGACGAGAAUGCGGGGGUAGUUUGUGCUCAUCUCGGCUGCGGCACAGGAAAGCCGGUUCUACAAAGCUCGGUAUUUGGCCAGGGAUUCGGACAAAUCUGGCUGGAUGAUGUGAAAUGCCGCUUGCACGACUCACUCCUGUGGCAAUGUCCUUCUUCACCCUGGGGUCAACAUGACUGUGACCACGGCCAGGAUGUCGGGGUCAUUUGUUCAGAAUCCAAACCGCCGAAACACCGCGUUGCGAUGAAAGAGGAAACAAUGAACCAAGUUCCUGAAUAUGCUGACGUGCGGUUGGUGACGGGGCCCGAUCGUUGCUCGGGAAGGGUUGAAGUGUACUUCAAUGGGACGUGGGGUACGGUGUGCGACGACUCCUGGGACUUGCGCGAUGCCACAGUGGUGUGUGGGCAAUUGAACUGUGGAGAUCCCAAGCUGGCCUCCGCCGGAGACCUCUUCCCCCAAGGCAACGGGACUAUUUGGCUGGACGAGGUGAAAUGCACAGGGGGUGAACGAACCCUGUGGGAUUGCCAAUUCGCUGCCUUCGGUGAUCAUGACUGUGGACACAAGGAGGAUGUUGCCGUGAUAUGUUCCGGUCAGCAGGUGCAUGCACCAUCUUUUAAUUCUCUCAGAAUCUUCGUUUAUGUCAUCCCUUGCAUUCUCGGUUCUGCUCUUAUCGCCGUUUCACUUCAACUGGCCAAAGGUUCAAUAAGAAACUUCCAGAAUGGCCGUAGGAAACUGCUGCACCCUGAUCUCCCUGGGCCAGUGUACGAGGAAAUCGACCCUCAGCAGCCUGUGACAGGACUCGAUUCACAUUCUAUCAGUUCGGUGGACUCCGAUUUGCUUGAACAUGAAGAUGAAGACUUUACAAGGGUUGAUGCACAGUUUGACGAUGAUUUUGGAAAUGAAUAUGACGAUAUUGAAUAAUUUUGCAUGAAGAUGUGAGAAUGACCGCGUCAAAUUAAUCACCCAAUAAUUUGUUACAAGCAUCCUGCAAUGUUUGACGAAAUAUGAAGGAGGGUCUCGACUCGAAACGUCACCUAUCCAUAUUUUCCAGUGAUGGUGCCUGACCCUUUGAGUUACUCCAGCAUUGUGUGUCUAUCUCUGUCAUGUGUGAUGCCUCUUUUGAGUUUCAUUUGAUAACAAUUUAAAUAGAAAUUAGUGUCCAGUUGAGUGUGUCAAUGGAUGGUUCCACCAAAUUAAGAGGUGGUUUAGAUGGUUCAGAAUGUAAAAUAGUUUAUGUUUGAAUUGAACUGUGUAGGUAAAUAUCUUGUCUCUUAACACGCCUCCGCUCCCGGUCACUUAUAUCUGCAGAGAUCCAUCCAUUGAAUGAUGGCAUUUUAAAUCCUGUCGGUCUUAAAAAUGCUUCCAGGAAUUGCGCUCCCAUUCCCAAAUAUUGCUCCCAUUUUCCAUCUUUUGUUUUUUUUUAAAUCAACGAUUUAACCCCUAAUGAUAUAUAGGCGACAUUAUUUCGACUUAGAAAGGGGAAUGUUAUGCAUAUCUCGGAUUUAAUAAAUGAUUGAAGUGAGAUUCUUGUUA